UCCUUCAGCCUAAAAAUAUUAGUGGAAUGCGAUUUUCUGGAGCAGAGUUAUUCCCCUAUAACAAGAAGGCAGUAUGAUGACAGUUACUUCACCGUGGACGAGGAAGUGGCGUUGAAGGUGAACGUAACUGGACUACUGUUCUGAGUCGGCCCAGUUUCAGUUGCAAACAGGAAACAUUAAAACGGGUUUGGACAGCUCACAAUGGAACGCGAGCACGGAUGUCAUAUUCAAUCUGACUGAGUCCCACCCCGGGGAAGUGAAACUGGUCUUCAUCUGUGGACGAUACAGCCAAGCGUUACCAUGUGAAGGGAUUCAAGAAUUGAGAAUUGUUCCCUCUUCUACGGAUAGGAGAGGGAGCUCGACACUUGCACCAGUGACGGAAACGUUAGUUUUUAUAGCUCCUGUUUGCAUUGUCAGCGUUCUCCUUGUCUUGGUCAUUGUAAUCUUCUUGUACAAGCGACGUCACAGACAUCGUACGUCAAAGAUGGUAAAUGCACUCCAUAGUCACGUGUCUCGUGACGCAGAAUAUUCCAACAUCUGUGUCGUGGAGGGAGCAGUUUCUUGGGCAAAUAUCACGAACAGAUCACUUCCACCUACACCGGGUGUUCAAGAUACCGUUACAGAUCCUGGGUACGCCGCCAUGGCAGAAGGCGCUGUCAGCAUGACAGAGACACCUACAACAGAUACAUCGUGUGCUGAAGGAUCAAACCCGAUUGCUAAUCCUGAUGACAUGCUGAUGCACGUUAAGUCAGCCCUAUCAGCUCCCGUUGGAGAUUCUGGGGACUCCAUAGGGAUGGGUGACAUCGACAGAAGGUCAAGGUCGCCUCCUCUAUUUGAACCUGGCACUGAAGGGGAAAAAACAUUUGACAAUCCUGAUAGCAAAAUGUUGCACUCUGAGCCUCUGAGUCAAUCCAUUCUGUUUGAGGAUCCAGGGUACUCUUCAGUCGGAGAUGUCAUUGUGAUAAGGUCAAGGUCAAUCUCAGCAAGAGGUUCUUGCACUAAAGGAACCAGCCCAGUUGUAAUACCUGAGGACACUCUCGUGAAUGACUGCAAUGGUGCUGCACCAGAUGUGUCUGAGCUGUAUGCCAAGGUUGUUAAAACAAAAGACAUAACAGAGCCAGAGGUGUCUGGCGUUUCAGUGGUUGUGCUAAAAUAGUAUGUGACACAUAAUUCCAGGCCUUAAUUGUUCAUGUUUAUUUGUUGAAUUCAUGCUAGCAUUAUUACAUGAUCUAACAAAACUGCAAACUUAUGUAAAUAUGUAAAAGAAGCUCUUUAAGCGUUACACGUGAUCGUGAGCAAUAUGUGUCUCACAAGCUAAAGAUGUUGUUUGCUUCAUGCUUCCCACCACUUUCUCUGAUGUUUACUCAAAGAGCCCACCUCACGUGUGGUCUGCCAGGUACAUCCCCAGCUUUGGCACAUGCAGACCCUAAGAUUGUUCUAGAUACUCAUCUCGUCAGUGCCGUCUGUAAAGGGUGCAUGUACCUGUGGCCCAGUUACACACCAUGUUGGACCUGUAAUGCAAUGUCACUUGUCUUCAAAGACGCUGCAAUUCUCUGUACAAAGUUGACCACAUGAGCACGAUAGAAAACUGUGUUUGAAUCCUGAUUCGCCCCGGGCACACUCCCAGGUUGGCAGUAUCACAGAGUGGUCAACGACUGAAACCUGCAUUUCUUCGGGCUUCCCUCCAACAUUCAGCUGUCAUGUUGUGCUGUAACUGUUUUGAUGCCGCGUUAAACCCAAGUUACACAUUCAAUUUCCUGUAUUUGUGAAAAAGAACUUUUUGGAAUAACAAUGCUUCCUCUAAAUAAAACAUAUUAACAUACAA